ACCCUGUUUUAAAAAUUCCCGACGUAUCAAAAAUUCUUCCUCACAGCUUGAACGUUUAUUUUAGAAUAAGACUGAUUGCACCCCAGGUAAUCUUUAUGAGGAUCGCUUUAUCAAUUCUUGACGAUUUUAAUGGGUCGCUUGAAGAUUGUCGGUCAACAAAAUAAGCAGACGACUUUAUCGUUUCUUAUCGUCGUAUAUUGAUGUAUCGCGAGGGAGUGCGCGACUGCGAAGCGUCACGCUUUUGUCGAGAUGCCAAAUGCCAGCAUCAAAAUAAUAAGUAUACAGAUAAAAGUAAACAACAAAUAAGAAAUCCGAAGCUUGUCAAGCAGUAUGAGUGGGAACGCAAAGAGAACCAUUUAUGUUGGGGGGUUGGCUGAAGAAGUAGAUGAAAAAAUAUUAAAUGCAGCUUUUAUUCCAUUUGGAGAGAUAGUUGAUGUUCAAAUUCCACUAGACUAUGAAUCUGAAAAACAUAGAGGAUUUGCUUUCAUUGAAUUUGAAGCUGCAGAAGAUGCUGCUUCUGCUAUUGACAACAUGAAUGAUUCUGAAUUGUUUGGACGUACAAUCAGAGUAAAUAUAGCAAAACCUCAAAAAAUUAAAGAAGGUUCUUCUAAACCUGUUUGGGCUGAUGAUGUAUGGCUACAAGAACAUGCAGGGGAAACUCUAAAUACAGGUGAUGAAACAUCGGCUUCAAAAGAUGAUGAUCCAAAUAAAAAAGGAAAACAAAAUCCUCAAGUUUACUUUGACAUUAGUGUUGGAAAACAAGAACUGGGAAGGAUAAUUAUGAUGUUAAGAGCAGAUAUUGUUCCUAAAACAGCAGAAAACUUUCGUUGUCUUUGUACUCAUGAAAAAGGCUAUGGAUAUCAAGGCAGCACAUUUCAUAGGAUUAUUCCGGAAUUCAUGUGUCAAGGAGGAGAUUUUACAAAUCAUAAUGGUACUGGAGGUAAAUCAAUAUAUGGGAAUAAAUUUGAAGAUGAAAACUUUGAACUGAAACAUACAGGACCUGGAACUUUAUCAAUGGCAAAUUCAGGCCCUAAUACCAAUGGUUCACAAUUCUUUAUGUGUACUGCACGCACAGACUGGCUUGAUGGAAAACAUGUUGUAUUUGGCCAUGUUUUAAGUGGUUUAGAUGUUUUAAAAAAAAUCGAAAAAUAUGGUACAAAAAGUGGAACUCCUACACAAAAAGUUGUAAUAGCUUCUUGUGGAGAAUUAACAUAGCAUUGAAUUUAACAAAAAUAUUUUAAGUUCUUUAUUUGUACAAAUAAAAUAUUUUUUCCAAAAUA